AUGGAGAAACAUGAAGAGGAUGCUAUUAAGGAAUGUUGGUCCGAACUUGUUAAGUCCAUGCCGGUAGACCAUAUGAAAAAUAAGCUAUUUUCGAAGCGUAUAUUAGAGAUAUCUGAUCUUGAAGCUAUUGACGCUAUGAAUACUACUAAUAAAAAAAACCAAGAAAUUCUAAAAUUAGUAACGCGAUCACAAUCUCCUGAAACCUAUAAUAUUUUCAUUACUGCUUUGAGGGAAAUCCCAACUAGAAAUAAUAUCUUAGCGGACAUGGUUGAAAAAUGUAAUAAAAAGAGCGUAUCUUAUAACUCAAGCAGCAAUACUGCGUCUGCCAAUAUAAAUGCAGACCAAACAGACUCUGUUGGAGUUGACAAAUCCUCUGCUUGCGGUGAGAAAUGGGACGUCUUUUUGAGUUAUUCGUGGAAUAAUAAAGACGAAGUAAAGAAAAUUAAGAGUUACUUGGAACAGCAAAAGUGGACAGUUUGGAUAGAUGAUGAUCGUGUUGCAGGUGGUCAGAAAUUGGAUUCAGUUCUUUCAAAUGGAAUUGAGGCAUGCAAGGUGUUCGUUCCGUGCUUAAGUAGAUCGUAUGCUAAUUCCGAUAACUGUUACAGUGAAUUGUCACAUGCUAAAGACCUCAAAAAGUUUAUUAUACCAAUCGUUCUUGGUGAUGUGGAUCCUAAAAACGGUGGUCUUAAAGGCAAAAAUGGUGACCUAAAUUUUAAAAUCACUGGCCUUACGUAUAUUAAGAUAAAAGACUUUGAAGAUAAAGCAACGACGAAUAAAAAACUAAAUGAUUUAAAUAAGGCAGUACAUCGCCGAUUAAUAGGAUAUGAUGAAGAAGCAUCCAGCGUCAACACGCCAUACAAGUAA